GCACAAUCUACUAGCAAAGGUUAUGCAGUGCCUGAACACGAUCAUGGCAGAAUCACUGGGCCUCAUCGCCAUCUGCCUUUUUGGAUAUCUACUCAAUGCUGAAUGUACAGUGUUUCUUGAUCGUGAAAAUGCCACCAAAAUUCUGAGCCGGCCAAAGAGGUAUAAUUCAGGGAAAUUGGAAGAGUUUGUUAGAGGGAAUCUUGAGAGAGAAUGCAUAGAAGAAAAGUGUAGUUUUGAAGAAGCCCGAGAAGUUUUUGAAAAUACUGAAAAAACUACUGAAUUUUGGAAGCAAUAUGUUGAUGGAGAUCAGUGUGAGUCCAAUCCAUGUUUAAAUGGUGGCAGUUGCAAGGAUGACAUUAAUUCCUAUGAAUGUUGGUGUCGACUUGGAUUUGAAGGGAAGAACUGUGAAUUAGAUGCAACAUGCAACAUCAAGAAUGGCAGAUGCAAGCAGUUUUGUAAAACAGGCACUGAUAGUAAGGUGGUUUGUUCCUGUACUGAGGGAUACCGACUUGCAGAAAACCAAAAGUCGUGUGAACCAGCAGUGCCAUUUCCAUGUGGAAGAAUUUCUGUGUCAUACACUUCUAAGAAGCUCACCCGUGCUGAGACUAUUUUUUCUAAUAUGGACUAUGAGAAUUCUACUGAAGCUGAAGAAGGCAUUUUGGAUAACAUCACUCAAAGCACCGAGCCAUCUAAUGACUUCACUCGGGUUGUUGGUGGAGAAAACGCCAAACCAGGUCAAUUCCCUUGGCAGGUCCUUUUGAAUGGUAAAAUCAAUGCCUUCUGUGGUGGCUCCAUCAUCAAUGAAAAAUGGGUUGUAACUGCUGCCCACUGUAUUGAGCCUGGUGUUAAAAUUGAGGUUGUUGCAGGUGAAUAUAACAUUGAAGAGAAAGAAGAUACAGAGCAAAAGCGAAAUGUGAUUCGAGUUAUUCCUCACCACAACUACAAUGCAACUAUUAAUAAGUACAACCAUGACAUUGCCCUUCUGGAACUGGAUGAACCCUUAAUACUAAACAGCUACGUAACACCUAUUUGCAUUGCCAACAGGGAAUACACAAAUAUCUUCCUCAAAUUUGGAUCUGGCUACGUGAGUGGCUGGGGAAGAAUCUUCAAUAGAGGGAGAUCAGCUUCAAUUCUUCAGUAUCUUAGAGUUCCACUUGUUGACAGAGCCACAUGCCUUCGGUCCACAAAGUUCACCAUCUAUAAUAACAUGUUCUGUGCUGGCUUCCAUGAUGGAGGUAGAGAUUCAUGUCAAGGAGAUAGUGGGGGACCCCAUGUUACUGAAGUGGAAGGGACCAGUUUCUUAACUGGCAUUAUUAGCUGGGGUGAAGAAUGUGCAAUGAAAGGCAAAUAUGGAAUAUAUACCAAGGUAUCCCGGUAUGUCAAUUGGAUUAAGGAAAAGACAAAGCUCAAUUAAUGAAAAAUGCAUUUCCACAGUUGAUUCAUUGGGAUUGGAACUGGAUUGGGCCCUUUAAAUUCCUUGUGUCUUGUUGAAUUUAAAUAUAUACUUCUAUAAACAUUGCCUUUUCUCUUUGCAGGGGAGAAUUCCAUCUAGAAUUUAUAUUUUACUAGAGGAAGUAGAUUAGAAAAUGUAAUCACUAGAGAAAUGCAGUGUGGUAGGAAAUCAUCACCAUUUACAAAGGGCUCAGCCCUUACCAAAAUUGUGAAGUUCUCCACCCUGCCCAGCAGGUUCUAUGGUUCUCCAUUGUGGUAACUCACCUGAUUCUCCCUCCUUAACAGCAUUCCUUGUUCUAAAUCUUCCAUGCCUCUCUCAUCAAAACAUCAACAUUCAUUAGGUCAGUAACCAGGAUCUUUACUUGAGUCCAUCACAAGGCCAACACCACAUUCAUAAAGAGAACAUAGGAAUAGUUAACAGGUCAAAACUUGUUGGAAGCACUUCUUAUUUUUCUCUGUCUUUAUUCCUGAAUCCUUAAAUUUUUCUGACUCCCAAUCUCCAAAUCAACUUUUCUAUUUCUUACUCCCUCUCGGUCAUUUCCCCUCCACAGUCAUUAAAGGUGGUAAGGGGAGCAUUCUGUUUCACUGCUGUAUAUAGGUGUAUGUGUCUGUUAAAACCUGGCUUUCUUUUAUUUUAGUCUCAGAUUGACUUUUAUAACAUAGGGAUGAAGGAAGGUGAUUGAAGAACAUGUUGGGAAAGUUCCUUUCAGAGCAUUAAAGCUAGUGUGUGUGUAUCUCAAUGAGCCAUCUAGAACAGUUCCCUAAGAGUUUGUCACUAGGUGAUUAUGGCAGUCUGGCUGGGGAUGGUUCCAUCAAGGCAAGGCUGGCAGGUCACUAACUAAAAAAGCUGACAUAAACCAAGGUAUUUUAUCCCCUGUAUGGAAAAAAAUAAUGCUAACAGAAAGAACAUUCCAUUUGUAACCAAGAACUAGCAGAGUCUUUAAGGGAGAAAUUAGCAGCAUAUCUCCAACAUUACCUGGAGCCAAGCAAGAAGUUUCCUAGACCAGAGACCAUGAGCAUCAUCUCCUUGGCUAAUAUAUACAUCAGUGGAGAAGGGCACACAGGCUCAAAGAGCUGAGUCAUUACACCCAGAUAACUAACUCCCCCUUUUUUUUAUUCCAUGUUCACCAAGGAACUUUGUGAUUAUGAUUAAUCUUUCUCUACUGAAUUUCCUAGAGGG